AUGUUUGCGGACAUUAAGGAGUUCAAGAAAGUAGUAAGAAACUAUGGGGUUAUGAGUAGGACUAAUAUUAGAUUCAAAGUUAACGACGCCAAAAGGGUACAAGAGGAUUGGUAUGAGAAUGAUAUGAUAAGUCCCAUUACAGAUAAGACUCUUAGCGAAAUGCUGAACAAACUUGUACCUCAAAGAAGGAGGAACACCAUGCCAACCAACCAGGAACAAACUUCAAUAUCACAAUUCAUGUUCAUGCCUACUCCCGAGAUUGUUUCAAGCCAAUCUGCAAUCUUUAAUAAGGUAGGGCUAGCUUGUGAUGCACCUGGAAUUUCAAGAGAUGAUGGAAAAGGAGUGGCAUCACCUAAGAUUAGACAUGAUCAGGCAAUGUCGAAAUCAGGAACAAUCUUUUUGGGGGAGAUUGUUGAAGGAAUCGGUGUAGGGUUCGCGAUUUCAGAAAUUGGUGAAAUGGGCAGGUUGAUUCAGAGGCUUGUUCACCAGCAUAUGAAGAGUUCGGCCAUGGAUGAAUUUCGUAUUGAAAAUCACAAAGAUUGGAUACCUUCACCAUUGUCAUUGGCCCAGAGAACAAUAAGGGCAUACUUGAUCAGUGGAAACAAAAUUAAGGCGUACAAAACUAGUGACAAUGCACUAAGAAUAUCUUCAUUUCGACUGACUGGUGCCUUGCUGAACAUCACACUGAAGCUUACAUUGGACUAG